GUAAAAGAAAAUAAAUAUUGAAUAGUGACCAUGUUGUAACUUUUAUUUCAAUGAACAAUUAUAUAGUUUCUAGUUUUUAUUAAGUUUAUUAUAUCUUUAAAAAUGUUUCGAAAAAAUACAACUGCUUUUCCAACACAUUUAUUGUAUUAUAAACACAUACAAAGAAUCCAAGUACGAACAAAAAAAACACAUUGGGUUGGUAUUUUAUUUAUUAUAUAACAUAAUAGUAAUUUAUAUAUAUUAUACUGUAUAUCCUUUUUGUUUGUUCUAAAAGUGUAUUUAUGAUAAAUGUAGGCUUUACUUAAGAAAAAAAUUCACCCCAAAGAUAAGGCCUUAGAACAUUUUGAUGAUUUUUAUGGUUCAGUUUACGGAAAAAGAUGGAAAUCAAUACGACUAGCUCUAUUGUGUCCUCAUAAAUAUAUAGCUGUUGUUAAUAAUUUUAGUAAUUCUGAACAAAUUUCUCAAAAUUUAGAGGUAAGAAAAUAUAAAUAUUUUCUCUUAGUAUUAUUAACAUUAAAUCAAUGUAAAUAGUUAUUAUAUUUAUAUUUAUUUUAGUGGUUGGGAGCAAUGAAUAUGAGAAAAGUAGUUGAAGCAUAUACACCAAGAACUGACCAAGAAUCUCCCAACAAAAACAAAAUUCAAAAUUUAGAUAAACAAUUAGAAAAACUGUUAUUAACUGGUGAAAAUAAAAAUACUGACGAAAAAGAAAAGUAAAAUUAAAAUUAACUACAAAUGUUUGUUGUGAAUUUAUGAUACAUAAAUAUUUAUUUAUUUAUUAGUAACAAAUAUGUUGAAAAAGCUUCUCUUCAUGAGAGUUUAUUAGAAGCAGAAUGUGAUGAAAGUAGAUUAAUAGAUCCUGAAGCAAAAUCUAAUAUAAGUGGAUUAUAUCAAUUUAUACCAACUAGUGAACUUCAUGGUAAAUCUGACUGGAUUCCAGAAUCCCAACAUUAUCAAUACUAUGAAGAAAAUCCAGAUUUUCCAAUCAAUAUAUUAAAAGAGAAACAGCCCCUUAAAAUUCCACCUCAAUUACAAGUUUAUACAUUUGAUCGAGGUGACAUUUCUCCAUUCCCUAGUCCUAAAACUAAAUCUAAUAAUGUCAGUGGUAAGAUAAUUAUUUUAAUAAUAUUCAUCUUUUGGUUUUAGCAAUGUAAAUUUAGUCUACAUAUUUUUUUAAGAUUUAUAAAUGAUUUUUUAAGUGUGUCUCAUUGAUUUAUAGAUUACUAUUUAAUGGAUGGCGGUUCAAUUUUACCAGUAUUAGCAUUAGAUUUAAAACUUGGUGAUAAAGUAUUAGAUAUGUGUUCAGCUCCUGGUGGUAAAGCAUUAGCAACAUUACAAACAUUAUUACCAGGUUAAUUUUUGUAAUCUAUGUACAUAAACAAAUAUUAGAAGUUACUAAAUAAAUUGUUUCGUAUUAUAGAAUUAUUGGUAUGCAAUGAUAUUCAGGAAUCUAGAAUUAAUAAAUUACGCAGUGUCAUGUCUGAAUAUAUUCAUGAUUAUAAAAGCUGGGGCUCACGUUUAGUAUUCUCCCAAAUUAAUGCACGGAACUUUUAUGAACCAGACACAUAUAAUAAAGUGUGUACCUAUAUUAUUGUAUAGACUACAUUUUCUUAAUUUAUUAUUUAUAAAUACAGAUGUGCAUUUUUUUUAAUUAUCAUAGAUAUUAGUUGAUGUUCCAUGCACAAAUGAUCGCCAUAACUUGAAUAUUAAUGAAAACAAUAUGUUUAAAUCAACUCGUACAAAAGAACGACUAAAAUUACCUGAAGUUCAGGCCGAUAUUUUGUGGUAAUUUAUUUCUUUUUAACAUUUUAUAUGAUAUCUGAAUUUAAAUAUUAUUUAGUAAUGCUUUAAAGAACAUAGUUGUUGGUGGUACUGUAAUUUAUUCAACCUGUUCUUUAUCGCCUAUACAAAAUGAUGGUGUUGUAAAAAUGGCAUUAAAAAAAAUAUGGGAAGAAACCAAUCAUCAAAUUGUAGUCAAGUAUGUUUGUUUUAAAAAAUAUCAAUCAAGUGGUUUUAUUAAUAUUUCUUUUAUGUUAUAGAGAUCUGACAAAUCAAUUUGAACCAUUUAAGUCUUUGUAUUCAUUUGGAAAUGGAUUGAAGUAUGGUCAGUUGGUGAUACCCUUUUUACCACUUAACUAUGGGCCAUUGUAUUUAUGUAAAUUAGUUCGAGUAAAAUAAAUAAAUUUAUUCGCGUUAUGUUCAUAAAAUAUUUUAAUUUGUAUAAUGAAUAUUUUUUGUAUUUUUAAAAUAUAAUAAAAUACAUACUGAUACUAUACUAUUUAAAUUAGGUAAUGAAAUUAUUAUUGACAUUGUUUAAUGCAAGUUACGCCGUUCAAACAAUGAUGCCUUUUAAAAUAUUUAAUUCUCAUUAGUUUUUAGUAACUUUAAAUUAAUUGAUUGUUUUAGAGCGUAAAUCAUUUUUAAAAUAAAUAAUUUCGACUACUUUUUAUUGUAUAAAGAAGUAGUUGCACUGAAUGAAGCGG